CUUGUCUCGCUCCAAAAAGCGAAGCCCAUGAAGAGCAAGACCGUACUUUUGGAGAUCCUUACUGCACUUCUUUUCCAAACUUUUCGUUGUGAAGCAGACUUGAGUUUUGUGUGCCGACGUUACAGUUUGGAUAGAACAAUAUACUGAAAAUACUUGUACGUUCUUGGAUUCCUGAGCUGUAUUACAUGGAGAAAAAACAGAUUUGCAAGUUGAAUUUUUCCUUCAGCUUCCUGGCUAUCUUAUGCGUGUUCAACGGGGAGAUGAAGCAAAGCUUUGCAGUGGGAAAUGGCUUGACAGCGCUAUCUUCAUCAUCCUGUGAAGUCGAGGAUCUUAAACGGUGGAGAUGGAUAGCCUUCUCGACUAUUGUCGUGGCGACGGUUAGCAUCGUCGGCAAUGUUUUCUUGCUGGGAUUACUGCACAUGGCACAGAGUCAAGCAUGUGAACAUCACAUAGCGCAUCGGAGACUGUUCAAGAGCUUCAAUCGUCUACGCACCCUUGAAGGCCAGAGAAGAAAACCUGUUGACGAGACUUUGGAUGGUGAAGACAUUUAUUGCUCUGUCGACACUGAUCCUGUUGGCAAAGCAAAUCAGCGAGAACGAACACGAACAGCAAAAGAACUUUAUUGCUCCGUGGAUGCCACCAUUCAAGGCAACGCCAAGUGCUCUCGUCAGUGUGACUUUGUCACAACGAAAUCAGAUGUUGAUUAUGAGGAAUGCGCUGUGCUGGGUGACGCGAAUGAGCAGGAUAGGGGUGCCGGGUCUAGAGACACAGAGCAUGCAAGCGGUCAACAAGAAGGACGUGUUACCAUUGUCGGCUUCCGAGAGCGUACAGGAAUGAGUUCGAGCAGCGCUGCCUUACCUCGGUCUGGGAGUUUCCCUACGGUAAAUGUGAUGAAAGUACAGUCGGACACAGCAGCUGCCAACAGCGACUACAUCGAUGUCGAUGAAUGCAAUUCUGAUAUACUUCCAGCUAGUGAAAUCAGAAGGGAUGUCAAUCUGUGUUAUGUAGUGAGUCAGAUCGCGGAAUCCCACCUGCCUAAGCAAUCUUCGGAUGGAAACGCACAGGUAUUGAAUGCUCAGCAGGAAAGUGAUCGUCAUGUAGUAGCCGCCUUGCAAGAGAGCGCAGCCAUGCGUCUAAGUUGCUCUGCGGUGCCACAGGCUGGGAACAUUGCUAAGGGAGACAGCGCUGUUGGAAACUGUGCCGCAACAGCUACCAGCCCAAGCUACUUUGAGCUCAUUGGACCAAGUCCGCCGAUUGCGAAAGGCGCCAGUUGCAAAGACCUGAAGGUGGAUGUUGGUGAUUACGAGCGAUGUGAAGAUGGGUACGAAAACGGUGGAAAUAGAGACCAUGGCGAACUCAUACCAACCGGUAGCUCAGUCAGUGCAAAGUACGCCACUGCUGCAUUGCCUGAGAGGGCUGAGAGGGCUGAGAGGGCUGAGAGGGCUGAGAGGGCUGAGAGGGCUGAGAGGGGCUCAAACUCCUCAGAUUACUACCUACAACUACUGUAAAAUCGGACAGUCUAACGAUCAAAAUGUUUAACGUUUUUUGUAAUUUUGGCAUGAUAACGUGCAGAAAAUUGAACGAUGGCUAACUGGCCACCAAGAAUAUGCAUCGAUGUAUGCGCAUUUUCACGGACUGGGUUCGGCAUAACGUUUCUUCAAAUAGCGAAUAAAUAUUGGUCGUUAAAACGUUAGACUUUCCGGUUUUACAGUAUGAUAACCUACGCACUGACGUCACACAAAUAUAUCCCCCAAAUUACUCAAUCUGGGCAGCAUGCUGUUUCGUCGAUUAGACGUUUGUCAAGUGAUCAAUAUCAAAACUGUGCGCCAAAUUGAUAAAAUAAUAAUAGGCCGCUGGUGGUGCCAAUAGAUGCAUUUAUUCCACUCUUUAACUCCAAAAGAGAGUUCUUUUCUGGCGCAUUCUCUUUAUCUUUUAUGUGAAAGGUAUUCAUGCACCCGUAUCAUCAAGAUUAAUUUUUUCGAUUCUUCUCGUCCGUUAACCCACCCUGUCUUUACAGUUACCUUUCCUUUGCAUUAGUGACAUUUUGUUUACUGGCAUAAUGACAUUGUUGGCUGCCUUCCCCC